AUGGCUGAACAAGAGAAACAAGAGAAGACUGGUACUGCGGUCUUCCUCGUCUCUGACGCAAAUCAUACAGCGUCGAUGGCCCCAUCCCUCACGAAUGAAGGUUCAGACAGGGUGUCCGAUACCACUGCUGCUCCGCCGCUCUCUGCUGGACAUGGGGAGUCGGCUAUGCCACAGGACAAAAAGGAAGAGGCUCUCGAGAACUUGGAAGAUGACUGGGAAAACGAUCCAGAAAAUGCUCGAAAUUGGUCAACUACCAAACGAUGGACUGCGAUGCUGAUAGUCUCGUUCUACACGCUAAUCCCUCCUCUUGCAAGUUCGAUGAUGGCUCCUGGCCUCCCGGAUUUGGCGACGAAAUAUGGAAUCACAAACCCCACCGUCGUCGCCCUGACGCUGAGCAUCUUCCUUCUUUCGUUCGCCCUUGGACCCCUUGUCCUCGCCCCCUUGUCGGAAAUGUAUGGACGGACAUGGGUCCUCCAUAUCGGCAAUCUCAUCAGCCUUGCGUUCAGCUUAGGCUGCGCCUAUGCACCUACCACAGGCUCUUUCAUUGCGUUCCGUUUCCUCUCCGGCUUUUCGGGUAGCGCGCCAGUUGCCAUUGGUGGAGGUUCGGUCAGCGAUUUGUUCUCAGAACGCGAGCGCGCAUCAGCGAUGGCAUUGUACAGCGUAGGACCCCUCCUCGGUCCUGCCAUCGGCCCCGUUGCCGGAGGCUUCAUUACGCAAAAGAUUGGCAUUAGAUGGGUCUUCAUUGUCAUCGCAAUUACAUGUGGCGUGGCUAGCCUCGUCGGCAUCCCCCUCCUUCAAGAGACUUACGCGCCCGUGAUCCGUCUGCGCCGAGCGGCGAAAUCCUCAGAUCCCGAGGCUGCUGCGAAAAUGCAUCCUGCCCUCCAAGCGGCACACGGCAACAAGUGGCACAUCAUGUGGAUUAACCUCUCGCGGCCUAUUGAGCUCUUGUUCAGGAGUUUUAUUUGCUUCAUUCUGAGCUUAUACAUGGCAUUCACGUACGGUGUUUAUUACCUCAUGUUCUCCACCUUUCCGGUCCUAUUCGGCGAGACCUACGGCUUCAGGCCUGGCGUUGGCGGCCUGGCUUACCUCGGGCUGGGUGUCGGAUUUAUGGUUGCUACUUUCGUUGGAGCUAGAACAGCAGAUCAAAUUUAUAAAAAGCUCGCAGAAAGGAAUGGCGGGAAAGGAACGCCUGAAAUGCGCAUUCCUGCUCUCGUCCUUGGUUCGCUCUUCAUUCCUAUCGGGCUCUUCUGGUAUGGGUGGUCGGCACAAGCCAAACUACAUUGGAUUAUGCCGAUUAUUGGCACGGGUAUAUUUGGUUUCGCGUUGAUGACCACCUUCCUUCCCAUACAACUAUAUCUGGUGGAUGCUUUCACUUACGCUGCGAGUGCCACAGCAGCUUCUGCCGUGUUCCGCUCGAUGCUCGGUUUCGCAUUUCCCUUGUUCGGUCAGCAGAUGUUUGACAAGCUGGGAGAAGGUGGUGGCAACUCGCUACUGGCGGGCCUUGCGAUCGUCAUUGGAAUUCCUUUCCCCAUCUGGAUCUACUUUAAAGGAGCGGAGAUGCGAGCCAGGAACCCCUUGACAAGAUAA